ACGUUUGACGUAGCUUUGGGACUUCGUUUCGUUCUUUCCAUUUUCGAUGGCACUUAUAAAAACCCUUAAAAUUCACUUCAAUACUAAUUAAGUAGGUAGUUUUGUCCAAAGAAAAACUUCAGAAUAAUUUUCAGAAUCACAGAACUUUCUUGAUUUGAGUUCAGCCGUUCAGCAGUGCACAAGACACUUUCGGUCUGCUAGUUGGAUCAAAACAAACUGGGCAAAAUGCUGUACUGUGCGCUUUCCAAUGAAGUUCCGGAAGAGCCAGUUGUUUCACCAGUUUCUGGAUUAAUUUUUGAAAAAGAAAUCAUAGAAAAAUAUGUACAAGAGAAUGGAAUAGAUCCUACUAAUGGAAAAGAGCUACACAUAAGUGAACUCAUUCCCGUCAGACCACAUGAGUCCAAAAUACACGCACCAAGUGCUACAUCAAUUCCUUCUAUUUUGAGAGGUUUACGGGAUGAGUAUGAUGCGGCGAUGCUCAGCUCGUUUAGCUUGAGAAAACAUUUGCAAACUACACACGAUGAAUUAUCACAUGGCUUGUAUCAGCAUGAUUCAGCCUGUCGCACAAUUGCAAGGUUGUCAAAGGAAGUGUCUGCAGCCAGGGAAGCCCUUGCUUUGCUUAAGCCACAAAUUGGAACAUCAGCAACGAAUAUUCCACAGCCGGCACUUGCUGGAGAAGCUGGUGGUAUGGCUGCACAACCAGAUGAACAGGCUGGCAUAACAGACGAUGUGAUUCAGAAACUGCAAGACAAAGCAACAGUAUUGACACAAGAGAGAAAAAAGAGAGGCAGAUCAAUACCAGAAGAUCUUUCCUCGCAAGAAACUAUCAAGUCAUUCCAAACCCUGGCAUCGCACCCUGGUCUUCAUUCUGCGAGUGCUCCUGGUAUUUUGUCUUUAGAUAUUCACGGAGCUGAUACAAGCAAAAUUGUCACUGGUGGAGCUGACAAGGUGGCAACAGUUUUCAAUAAGGAUACCGAGCAAAUAGUUGCAAUUUUAAAAGGUCACACAAAAAAGAUAUCACGGGUAAUCUACCAUCCAACGGAAGACGUAGUUAUGACGGCAUCACCGGAUACAACGAUCCGAACUUGGAACGUCGACAAUGCUCAUCUGACACUUACGUUACGCUUUCACGAUGCACCUGUUACAGGAUUGUCCUUACAUCCUACCGGAGACUAUUUACUUAGCUCUUCUUUGGAUCAUUGCUGGGCAUUUUCUGAUAUUAGAACCGGGCAACUGCUUACCAAAGUUGCGGGUUCAAACAGUCAGCCACUUACAACUUCUCAAUUUCAUCCUGAUGGUCUGAUUUUCGGUACCGGUACAGCAGAUUCGCAGGUGAAAAUUUGGGAUUUGAAAGAACAGUCAAACGUUGCCAAUUUCCCGGGACAUUCUGGCAUCAUAACAUCCAUCAGUUUUUCGGAAAACGGUUAUUACCUGGCAACUGCGGCUGAAGAUUCUUGUGUCAAAUUGUGGGACUUGCGAAAAUUGAAAAACUUCAAGACUUUGCAACUAGACGAGUCGUACGAGGUGAAAGAUAUAUGUUUCGAUCAAAGUGGCACAUAUUUAGCUGUCUGCGGUUCGGACGUCAGAAUUUACAUUUGUAAACAGUGGGUCGAGUUGAAAACAUUCAAUGAACACACGGCAGCUGUACAUGCCGUUCGUUUUGGAAGAAAUGCCGACUUUAUAGCAUCCGUGAGCAUGGACCGCACACUUAAAUUAUACGGCACUAGAUAAUCAUGCUCCAACUUUUUAAUUUAUUUUGAAAACCAAACAAAAACAAUGUUUUAUUUUAUUUGGUUUAUGAAUAUUU